UCUCAAUAGAACAGCUGUUCAUCUGCAUAUACAUAAUAAAAUGGCAGAACUGAUAUUAUUUACUUUAGUGCGUUUGUUACUUCCAUUUACAUUAAUAAUUGCUAUUAUUUGACGUAUACACAGCUUCGUUAUCACGGCCUGUCGCCCUCUCAAUGAUCUAUCUAAUUAUGUUCUUUGUGUCACCUUGGCUUUUGCAAACUAAAAGCUACUUUCAACGCAGUCUGUUAAAAUUUUAUUUGGUUUUUACUUGUAUAUUGAGCGCAAUAUUUGCUAUUGGCCAUCUCUUAAUUAACUUUUUCAAUUUAUUGUUUCCUUAUAUGGAUAUAAAACCAUCAAUAACAAUUAUUUUACGCCAAGUGGGGUUCGUGAAUUUCAUGGGAUUGCGGGCUAUUGCAAUAUUCCAUUGGAUUCUACCAGAUAUAAUGGUAACGAUUAUGGCCUUGAUUGUACUUGUUUUUAUCGUUUUAUCGGCUAAAAAAAAUUCUCAAUCGAAAGACUAUAAGGAUUCCGAAAUGCCUGUGGAAUAUAAUAAUGAACCUGUAACAAAUUUACGAUAUUCUGAAAUUAACCGCCUCUUAAUAAUUGCUUAUAUUCGAUCUGUGCUAAAAACGUCUCCAAUUUUUUCCUUAAUCGUUCUCUAUGUUGCUGCCACCUUAAGACCAUCAUUACCUGGCAGCUUAUACUUCAUGAUAUUUAUUGUGGCUGGCACUUAUUGGGCCCUAUACCGACAGUUUAACUGCGGUAUGCAUUAUCCACUUAUCGUUGUUGCCAUAUCCUUAUCAGUACAAAUAAUUUGUUUUGUUUCAUAUCAGCUGCCAGUAAUACAGAGCUAUUUAAAUAGCGAAUCAAUAUGGGCGCGCAUUAUGGGCUUGGAAGCGCUACUUUUACUUUUCAAUCGAAAUUGGAACGGCAUGAUAUUUAAACUAAAUAAUGAAAUACAUGUGGAUUCAUAUCUGAGUCCAGUUGCAUUGAUGUGGGCUUAUUUUGUUAUAGCACUCAAUAUAAUACACCAUAGACGAUACAAGUUAAUUUUUACUACAAUGCGAAUGAAAAUUGGUCCAAAGCCUGAUGAUCAGCCACAUCAAUUAAUUCGGCAGCCUGGGCAAAAUGAGAUUAUAGCAGUUAAUAAUGAGAAACCAUCCACUGUGGAACAAUUCUUUUAUAUGAUUUGUGACCUAACAUCAUUCAUAUAUAAAAAUAGCUAUAUACUGCUCAACAUAGUUAUGAUGGCAAGUACAACAACAAAUUUUAUUUUGCUUAAAAACAGUUUAUAUAACCAACUAACUACUAACUGAAGUGAAUUAAA